AUGGCUCCACCUCCACCAUUCAGGCCAUACGGGGGAGAUGAUUACCGAAUAGUGAGUGAUUUAUCUCGAUUCGACUAUAACAACAAGGACUACAAAUUACCACGUUUACGACGAUCGAGAAACACAACCCCAACCAAUUCAGAAUUCAUUGACGUUCAAUCAUCAACUGCACUAUCGAGAUCAUUCUCUGACAAGUUGACUAUUGAUGGAAUCAUACCGUUUUAUUCGUCACAGGAAGGUAACAAUGAGCUGGGCUCUUAUUAUGGAUCAUUGCAACUGAAUCAGUUCCCCAAGGAGGAGCUGUAUAUACAACGACAACAAGUCUCCAUUGGAAUACAGGUGCCACAGGAUAACGGUCAACUACUUCAUCAAUUACCCCCACAAGUGCCCCCAAAAGAUGUACCUAUGAGAACCAGAUCUCAAUGUGAAUUUCUCCCGUAUCCACCAUCAAUACCGGAUACCAGCGAAAUUCCUCCAUACAACAACAACUCACCAUCGUCAUUACCACAACCAUUGGAAAAAGUUUAUGCUAAAGUCACUCAAUUUGAAACGGGAGAUAAUGAUAGUUUAAUAUCACGACAAAAACUUUUAGAACACGAUUUGAUUAAACAAGUAAUGAAUCAACCAUUAAUUUCAUUCGAAACUGACAAGUUGGGUGAUCGAUAUUAUGGAAGACGGAUCACCAUCACAAUGAAUUUGAUCUUGUACUUGUUUGAAAUUUGUCUCAGUGUGAUUGAAAUCGUUCUUUCAUCGGUUUUGCUUAAACGUGACGACACCAUAAACCGUGCCAUUUAUCGAUAUUUCAUUGCCGAUGGGACCAUUACAAUUAUAGUAGCACUAUUAUUUACAUUGCUGAUUGUCACUUGUGAGAAAAGAAAUGGCAGUUUUUAUUGUACUGCAGCAGUUGUGUUCAAACUUGUUUCAUUUAUAAUAAUAGUGGCGUGUAUUUUCCCCAAUGAUCAAGCUUAUACACAACAUGUAUGGCUGAUGAGAAGAGCCUUGGGUGCAUUCAUCAUCAUUUCUACGUUUGUUUGGCUUUGCAAUUUGAUUAUGUUUUUAACAACGCUUUACAUAUCAAGAUUGAAUCUACUUGAGGAUUUGAAUUUUGAUUUUGAUCAACGAGGAUUGAACAACGAGUUUAACUCCGAGGCAAAUGGUAAAGGAGUCCGUGGUGUCGAGGAGUUGAGGGAAUUUUAUUUGAAUGAAAAUGGCGAAAUGUAUGCAUUACAUGAUGAUCAAGAAAGGGAAAAGUAUAAACACAAUAACAAGAUACUAGUAUACACUUUUUGA